AUGGUCAUGGCUAAUCCCAACGGCGCUACCGCCGAGCUUGCCGGCAAGAUUGCUCUUGUCACCGGAGGAAGCCGAGGAAUCGGAUCUGGCAUUGCCCUGGAGUUGGCCAAGAAGGGAGCCUCCGUCGCCAUCAACUUUGCCCGCGACCCGACCUCAGCAGAGAAAACGGUCAAUGAGAUCAAGAGUCUGGGCGUGCAAGCGGCGGCCUUCCAAGCAGACUUGACCAAGCUCGAGGCGAUCCAGAAGCUCUUCCACGACGUGGUGUCACACUUUGGUCAGAUCGAUAUUGUGGUGUCCAACUCGGGUACGGAGAAGUUUGUUUCUCUGUCCGACACUACUAUCGAGGACUUCAACGAGGUCUUCGACUUGAAUACGCGUGCACAGUUUUUCGUCGCCAAGAAUGCCUACGACCACAUCCAGCCCGGUGGACGGGUCAUUCUUAUGUCCUCCAUUGCCGCCGGUGUGGGUGUUCCCGGACACUCCCUGUACGCCGGCAGCAAGAGUGCCAUUGAAGGUUUCACGCGCUGCUUUGCUGCCGACUUUGGCAAGAAGCGCUGCACUGUUAAUGCCAUUGCCCCCGCCGGGGUCAAGAGUGACAUGUGGGUGAAGAACUCGUGGCGCUACGCUUCCGGUUGCGACCAAAACUCCUCGCUUGAGGAGAUUGAACAGGCCCUGGCCAAUGGAAGCCCCUUGAAGCGAUGCGCUGUUCCAGCGGAUAUCGGCCGCGUGGUGGCCUUCAUUGCCAGUCCCGCAGGAGAAUGGAUCAACGGCCAAAUCAUCCCCCUGAACGGUGGUGCGAACAUUUAG